AUGGUUUCUCUACCUCGAGGAAGUUGUCUCAAACUUUCUGUAGUUGCAAUUGUCUCCAUCACAGCCGUCGUCGUUCUCCAUCAACUCAGCUACACAAACACAAACGACUUUAGCCUCCUAAGCCAGCCCAUCCAAGUGCUGAACGAAUGCCCAGUCUCCCCUGAAGGCGAAGGCGACUUAAUCGCAAAAACAAUCCCCAAAACCAUCCACCAGAUCUGGAAAACGGCCGACGUGAGCACUUACCCGGCGACUCCUUCGCACGAUAACUGGAAGGCUGCGUUCGAACCGAAGAACUACACCGUAAAACUCUGGACCGACGCCGACAUCCUCGACCUCAUCAAGAAAAACUACACGUGGCUGCUGUCCACAUACGAGGGCUACGAUCAAAACAUCCAGCGAGCGGACCUAGCACGGCUGGUCGUGAUACACGCGGAAGGGGGCACAUACGCAGACCUCGACGUCCACCCGCGUGACGGCGAGGCGAUUAUGUGUCUGCAGCGCCAUGGCUUGCAAGGCGCUUUCGGGCCUACGGGGGGCUCGACUGGCCUGAGUAACCAUUUUUUCAUGGCCGAGAAGAACUCGGAUUUUCUCAAGUGGGCCCUCCAAGAGGCAAAACGACGCGGCGGCUCGAGUUCGAAGCGGAUUCUCUUACCAUACCUUAGAGUUUUCUGGUCCACCGGCCCGCUAAUGUUGACGGCGGCAUUCCAGCAGUACUCGUGGAUGUACGGCACAUUGGCGCCGCAGGUGGUGCUGCUGAGCGAGAAUUAUGUAGGAACGAUGAUUGCUCACGCAGCAGGGAGGUCGUGGCACGGAUCAGAUGGACAGGUGCUGAACUAUAUCUCAGACCACGUACAACUAAACGGCAUAUGGGUGGCUGUGUCAUGUUUGGCAGUGCUAGUUUUCUUUUGUAUUAUGAGGCGUUAUCGAGCGGACUUGUCUUAUAGAACAUGUUGUAAGAAUAGACACUUUGAAGUUUAA